AUUGUCUAUCGCUGUAAACAGGCAGCAAUUGUUUUUGUUCUUGAAAAUCAAUUUAAGAAAUCCCCCGCGUGUAAAAUGAAAGUGAAGAACCCGGAAAAGCCACCUGAGAAAAAUGCACAGCGGAAAAUAGAUGUCUACAACUUUCCAGCCAGAAGAAUACCCAAGAAUGUCUUAAAUCGCACUCUUAACAUUGCAACUAACUCCGAGGAUGGCUUUUGGCUCAAUAAAAACACAUCGUGUGUUCCUUCAACCCACUAUGAACUAUACAAUCGGACAAAACGGUCGGUUACCUCUGAAAAACUCCGAAUGGCACGGGAUUGCCUCAUGCAGCGGGACUACAAGAACUUGGCCAAAAUCCUGGCCUCCCAUCAUUUAGGGGACACUGUGCUUCAAAGGGCCGCGUUCACAGUUUUUACGGAGUACGCCGGAUUACUUCAAAAAUGCCCAAACCUAAAGACAAAUACUGAAAAAGCCAAAAAAGAACCUACUCCUCCAAAAGAACCCAUAGUUGAAGAGGAAACAUAACAAUUUGUAAUCUUUCUUGACACUUGUUUUAAUUAAAAACCCAAAAAGAACCGAUCUCUCCAAAAGA